AUGGCGUCCCGGAGCCAUGUGGAUGUCAACGAGAGACGUUUGCGUCCCAUCUACGAUUGUUUAGAUAAUGGAAAUAACAAAAAAGCUAUCCAAGAGGCUGAUAAAGUAUUAAAGAAACAAAAAGAUCUUACAUGUGCCAAGGUACUGAAGGCCCUGGCUCUCAUCCGCAGCGGCCAGAUGUCAAAGGGGUCAUCUCUCCUGGCAGAGAUUCACCAGACAGAACCCACAGAUGAGCAGACGUUGAGUGCCAUGUCCAUUUGUUACAAGGAGACUCAGCAGUAUGAGCAGAUUGCCAGCUUGUACGAAGCUGCAGCCAAACACCAACCCAACAACGAGGACAUUCUGUCUUGUCUGUUUAUGGCACACGUGCGACUGGGCAACUAUCAGCAGCAGCAGCGGACGGCCAUGUUGCUGCACAAGAUCCGACCUAACAAAAACCCAUACUACUUCUGGGCUGUCAUGAGUAUUGUUAUGCAGGCUCACGCUGACAAGAAGCUAGGUAGGACCAUGUACCUUCCACUGGCGGAGAAGAUGACACAGAAAUAUCUUCAGGAUAAAGAAUUUGAAGCAGAAGAAAUCCUUCUCUACCUGAUCAUCCUAGAACUGCAGGAGAAAUGGGCGGAAGCUUGUGCCGUUUUGAGGGGCCCAAUGGGAGAUAAGUUGUGCAGCGAGCUGAACUUGAGGUCAACCAGAAUUGCCACCGUGUACACCAAACUGCUUCAGUGGGACAAGGCCAAUGUCAUCUACAAGGAUUUGCUGAAUCAGACACCAGACGACUGGACCUUUUGGUUGAACUACUUGGAGACUGGGUUCCACAUGGUGGACAGCGGCUUCACCCCCACACCUGGGGAGGAGGACAGCACGGUGGAAUCCAUGCAUGCUUUCCUACUGGAGAAACUUGGCCAGCUGGAAGGAGGGGUUUUGAUCCGUGGCCCUUAUCUGGCUCAAAUUGAGUUCUUGAAGAAUCUCAUUCAGAGGAAGUCUGAUCUGGCUUCGUCCGUUGGAACUACAGUGAAGCUUCUUCAAGACUACUUUGAUAAAUUUGGUCACAAGUCGUGUUGCUAUGGUGACAUGAAGCUAUACACACAUCUACUUACAGAACAAGAAUUAAGUGAGUUGCUGGAUCACAUGAGAACAUUCUCAGGCCUAGAUGACACUGAACAGUUUGCACAAGAUAUUAACCAGCUGACCCAGCACUUGGUCUACCACCAGCUGUCCCGGACGGUGGGCAGACACACCUCCCUCAGCAUCGACCAGGCUCUACUCUUGUCUAGGCAGCUGCUGCUUAGAUACAGGGACGGCCUCAGUUUUGGUAAAGAUUUACUAAAAACUGACCUCCAGUACAGUGACAACUUCCUGCUCUUGGCAGUCCAUCUAUUAUUGGAUGUUUGGAUCAAAACAGGGGAUGAUGUGCACGUCUGGCAGGCCAUUGUCCACUUGGAGCUGGGAAUUCGAGAAAGCACCUCCAACUACCAGUUCAAACUCUUGCUAAUUAGGCUGUACUGUAUCAAAGGUGUGUUUGGGCCCUGUCCUGCACUCUACGACAGCAUGGAGAUCAAACAUAUCAUGAACGACACUUUAGGAUAUAUAGUCUCCAACCAUGUCAUUAGGCUAGGUCACUUUGUAGAAGCUGGGACCAUGUACACAACAAUGGUGCGCUUCUUUGUCCUCAACCAGAGAGAGGCAUCUGAACAUUUGAUGUCCUCUUACAAAUUUGGUUCAUUUGGACGGAUACAAGAGUUUGUAGCAUUCCAGGAUCGGCUGAACAACUCACUCCAGUUUCACACUGCCAACACAGAAAAGCUUCUGCUCGACCUUAUUAUGCAAACAGACAGUCACGAUGCCACAGAAGAAAUAGUCAAACGUAUGAAUGUUCAUCCACUCACGGAUAAACAAAAACUCUGUGAUAACAGAGACUUAGCAAUCGCUCUGUGCUGGGAUCCACCACGUUUAUCACAGUGUGAAGAAAACAAGUCCAGGUCAAAGAAAGAGGAGGAAGCAUGGCAGACACUCCGCUGGUUGCAGCUGCAUAUCUUGUUACUAGCUGUGAUGUCUGGGCGGGAGUUUUCGGGAGCCUCUGUCAUCAAUGGCAACGAUAACAACCAGAACGAAGACAAUCAGAUCGACAAAGUCAAGCACAAGCCGCUGGAGUUGAUGAAGAAUAGGAUGUCAGAGCUGCAGGAGUUUGUCACCAAGUGUCAGGAGAUGGGGCAGCCUCAGCAGUACCAUAUAAUCCAAGGUCCAUUUAGAACAAGAAUAUCAGAAUUGUUGCAUGGUGAACACAUAGCCCUGCUGGGCUACAUGGCGGAGUGUGUCGACUAUGUUCACAUCCUGAAUUCCAAGGGUAGUACUGAUAGCAGGUCAGAGAAAAGUGCCCCUUGGAACAAAGUCAAAGAGAAUGCAUCAAAACUUGUAGUCAAAGAUGUGGGAGGUCUUCUCAAGGAUGUCAAUGGGAAACGCCAGCUGGACUCGUCAGCUUUAGAGAAAUUGGUGGCUUCAGUGGAGACUGUCUCCUACUUGACAAUCCUGGCUGGAGUCUGCAAUAGGGGUCUGAAGCCGGUCAAAGCCAGCUGGUGCAAGAAAUCCAAGAAACAUAAGGGGCCAAGUCUGCCACAGCCUGAAAUCUUUGACAACUUUAACAACUUGAUCACCAAACUCUCAGCCAUCACUAAGCAGCUGCACCAGACAGCCUCAGGUUUGGAUCCUGUCUUUUCCUCCAUAGACAUUGCAUCUCUGCGACUUGCAGAUAUACCGGAGGAAGAGGAGCUGGAGCGGGAAGCUGAGCGGCUGGUGUGGAGCAAGGUGGAGCGCAGCAUACAACAGUCAUCCCGAGAAAUUUGUGAAGUCUUGCACCAUAAACAGUUUUAUCUCAACACUCUGAUGCUGUGA